CACGGUGCUGAACCCGCCGCAUCAGCCACACCGAGCCACCGUCCAGCGGAACCAGAACUCGGAUUACACAUCCCCGAUGAACUGUCCCGAGGAAUCGUGCGAACACGACGCGAAAAACUACCGCAGAAUAACAUUUGCUCACGACGCGACCGAAGACAUGCGCGGACACCUGGACGCGGACCUGAAUGAUUUCACGCCACUGAGGGAUGCUUUAACACAUGUUGCAUGCGACUUACUUUGCAGGAGGACAUCUAGAUCCCAUGCAAACCCAAUGGAAUGAAUCGAUCUUAUGGCUUCUGACACCUGUUUACUGCCUUUUCAUAAUUUUUUUUACUUAAUUCAGAAUGCAAUAUAGACGUGCACUUAUUUCACAAAAGCAUCUUUGUUUCUCCAUUUAACUUACAAACGAUUUGAAGUCAAGUCACCUUUCUUUACACAGCGCGUUAUACAAGACUGAGCGACAGCGGCAAGGACCCAAAACUCCACUGGUGACAGAACGGAGAAAAAACCUUCAAGCUAAAUUCCAAAAGUGCAAUGAACUUAAUGCAGGUCGCGACUUUAAUGCAUCACUUAAGUUGCAAUUGUAGAGGGUUGCGGAAUACAAUGGCUUUCACGCAUUCGCUCUUCACAGCCUAAAAACUAACAGGGAGUCCAUAAACCUGCGCUAACUGAUCCAGGACAGUGUCGAUUCUCCCCGUUCAUGGAUGAAGCAUGCUGAAGAGCCGCUGUUGCGUUCUCUUCAGUGACCUCAAGGUGUUUCUGCUCGGGCCACAGGCUCCUACAAACCCCAUGAGCGGACAAACGGCCAGAAUCAGCCAGUUUGCCUCGGAUAACAACAACACGUUACGAGCCCACCGGCUCCGGCACUGGAGUACCCCGUCCACAGAGGACGCUGAGGCGGCUGCGGACGGAUCCUGGACCGGCGCCACGGAGGAAGAGUUCCCCAGGGACCGGAGGGAUGACAGAUUCUCCUUCAUCAGCUAUGCAGAAGGAACCCCGGUGUGCAGGAUAUGCUUCCAGGGGCCGGAACAGGCUGAGCUGCUGAGCCCGUGUCGCUGCAGUGGCUCCGUUCGCAGCACUCAUCAACCGUGUCUCAUCAAGUGGAUCAGUGAAAGAGGCUCGUGGACCUGUGAACUCUGUUACUACAAGUAUCAGGUGAUCGCCAUCAGCACCAAGAACCCGCUGCAGUGGCAAGCGAUUUCGCUCACCGUCAUUGAGAAGGUCCAGAUAGCGGCGGCGAUCUUGGGUUCGCUCUUCCUCAUCGCCAGUAUCUCGUGGUUGGUGUGGUCGUCUCUCAGCCCUUCAGCCAAGUGGCAACGGCAAGACCUGCUCUUCCAGAUCUGUUACGGGAUGUACGGCUUCAUGGAUGUCGUCUGUAUCGCUCUAAUUGUCCACGAGGGCCCGUCCGUUUUCCGUAUAUUCCACCGCUGGCAGGCCGUCAAUCAGCAGUGGAAAGUUUUAAACUACGACAAGAAGCGAGACAGCGAGGAGCUGAAGAAUAAUGAGGAAUGGACGCGUUCGCUGCUCCACCAGAGGGAUCCAUCAGGAGCGGACGUCUCUCCUUCACCGUCUUCACUCAUGGCUGCUGCUGGGACACCGGCACUCGACGUGACCGACGGCACGACAAACACCAUAGCUGCAGCGCAGGACUCCUACCAGACUGAUGCGCUCGCUGACGGACCGGCUUUACCGGACCAGCACUGUCCCUAUAACCUCCUGCAUUUACUGAGUCAUCUACGGCCGCAUGAGCCACGCAGCCCAGCCAGCAACAUCAGCACAAACACCACUAAACCUAGAGAAGUGGUUAUGAGAGUCACCACCGUCUGACUGGAGGCCUUAUGAUGGGACCCUCCAACUCUUUUCAGAACAGAGACUAGAAGCACAGCCUUGGAACUGCUGGAUUAUUUAUGACUUUCACGGAUACUGAUAACAAACAAUAUGGGUUUUUAAUUGCAUAUUCUGAGAUCUAAAGAGCAGGUUGGACAGCUAGUGAAUUUAAAAGGACAGUUCACCCAAAAAUGGACAUUCUGUCAUUCUUUGAUGUUCCGAACAUGUAUGAUGUCAUUUUAUUUCCUGUGGAACACAAAAUGAGAAUUUAUGAAGAAUCUUAAAGCACACAACAACAACUGAUUGUGAUCAAGGUCAAGCUCCAAAAAGCACCAUAAAAGCAUCAUAAAAAUU